AGGUAAAGAAAUGCUUCGUCUCUCUCGUGUUAUGCAUAACCCAUAAGAUAGCGAGUGGAGUCGGGGCGGUUUUGCAAGUCAGAUAAGGUGCUUGCUACGAUCGUGUGUUGCCUUAUGUGAACCAUAUACCUGAUACAUGUAAAUGUGAAGUAUUAACAAGUCCGCAUGAUAAUGGCUACGAGUGCUAGUCUGUAUCUGGCUUCCAGUACACCUCCGUCGCUCAACAACUCUCAUCUCGACCCGACCCACGGGAUGCAGGGACUUGUGUCACAACAAACACAGUAUCAUCACCGGAACACGGAUUUACAGGAAAUUAAGUACAUGCCGCCACAGCAUCAAAAUGGACAUCACUUGAGUCAGCUUCACAACCAGUGGGGGCUACCGUGUGGCGAUUCCUGGGGUACCUCCGCCAUGCCCCAGCUCCAGGAUAUGCGAGAUAUGAGGGACAUCAAACCCAACCCCCAGGUAACAACCGACGGGCACCACGCUACUCUCCAUCACCGACCACAGCAACUUCACUCCCCACACACAUGGCAUUCACAGCUAUCCUCCCCCCACCUCAACCUUUCCAACGGGGGUGGCCAGUUACAGCAAAUGGGGUACGGCGUCCCUAUGAACGGGAUGUUGUCACCCCAUCAGCUCCACCCGGCAAUGCGAGACCCGGAACACGAUAUGGACCAGCAUGCCCAGGGGUCCGACGAUGAUGCACCGUCCUCGGAUGAUUUGGAAGCUUUUGCAAAACAAUUUAAACAGAGGCGGAUAAAGCUCGGAUUUACACAAGCUGACGUUGGGCUCGCUCUGGGAACUCUUUAUGGUAACGUGUUUAGUCAAACAACUAUUUGUCGAUUUGAAGCAUUGCAAUUGAGUUUUAAGAAUAUGUGUAAAUUGAAACCUUUACUUCAAAAAUGGUUAGAAGAGGCUGAUUCCACGACGGGAUCGCCAACAAACAUAGACAAAAUCGCCGCUCAAGGUCGUAAACGAAAGAAGCGCACAAGUAUAGAAGUUACUGUGAAAGGUGCUCUCGAGAAUCACUUCAUGAAACAACCGAAACCAUCGGCACCGGAAAUAACACAUUUAGCAGACCAGUUACAACUGGAGAAAGAGGUGGUCCGUGUCUGGUUCUGUAACAGGAGACAGAAGGAGAAGCGAAUGACCCCGCCCGGGCCCCUCGGUCCGAACGGAGAAAUUCUUAUGCCGGAACAGGGGUCUCCGGAGAGCCCCAAUGGGCCCGGAAGUCCCCUGUCUAAUGGGUCGAAUGGACAAAUGGGGGGCAACCCCGGAAUGGGGAUGAACAUGCCGGUGAGUUCGCCCUCCCUAUCUUCCUCUCACGGACUUUCUCAAACUGGACACAUAGUUAGUCAAUUGAUGAGUGGCCAUCAUCAGCCCCCGCCUCACCAUCACUACAACCCACAGAAUCACUCGCCUACCCAUUGACUAGAGGAUGUUCCGUUUUAGGACAAGGAUAACGCCCCAAGGACAAUUCGGUCAUUGUCACGCGCUGACCAGUCAUCACACUGACCAACAGGUAAAAUAUAUACAUACGACAAACGAAAUAUGUGCUAAAGAAAAUGUUUUCACAACUUGAACGCGUAUCGCUCCAUCUUUAUUAUUAUACAGAGACUGUCCCGAGAGUGGACAGUCGUAAAACGGACAAGGACUAUACCUGUGUGUGCUCUAGACAUGGCCUGGUCAUCGCCGAAUGACCAUGGGGUGUUAGAACUGACGGCAGCUGACCACAUCUCCGGACUCUAUGGACAAGUGACAGGUUGAUUCCGUGCUCAUGUCAUUUUAGAGCUGUGAUUUGUAUCGAAUUGAUGGAUGUACUAUCUUGAGCUGGACACUUCGGCCAGUGUCCACUACAGUAGUGUCUAUCAGAUCAACAGACUGGUCACCUAGAACGGAACAAUUGCAUCGGACAGGAAUAUUAAAGGUCAAAGUUAUGACCUCCUUCCAAAGUCAGGUAUGGAACAACGUUGAUUUUGUGGGAAUUUAGGGGCAAGUGAAAAAGACUGUAGCUCAAGACCUGUUUAUAUGAUAAAUGAACCACCAUUGAAUUAAGGAAACCGUCGGGAGGUUCAAAUAUCCUGAUUUUCCACACCGAUCGGGAAAAUGUUGCUCUUUUAAUUAGGGCAAGACAAUGGGUAUGAUGAUUGGGCAAUUUCUUUGAUGAAAUGUCUUAGAAAAAUGGUGUGCAGCAAAAAAUAUUACACUUUGAAAUUCAUCUCAGAUAUUCUGUGGACAGUUUUUUUUGUUAUAUCGGUUUCAUAAGAAGAAAUCUGUGCUAAAAAUGUUCAGUGCAGUAUUCAGGAAUUUUUCAAUUAGGAUGAUGAUGUGUGUGUGUGGUUACUGUUUGCUCUUCUCAUGGUCGGAGCGUGCUAAACCCUCCAUGUUUGAGAAAGUGUGAUUCGACCAGCCGAUUAAUUUUCAAUUCUACCGGAUCCAUACUGUUGAUAUACAAGGGGGAAAAGAUUGGUUCGAUGUUAGCUCAAUUUCCAAUACUAGUCGUGGUCGCGACACUUUCAUAAGUGUGAUCUCUUUGUAUAAAUAGCUGUGCAAAGUUGACUUAGUGUCUAAGAGGGGUAUCAAUUUCUACAAGAAUCACGAACCUCAAAGAUUAACACAGCUAACAAACACUAUUUUUUUGAUGAACCAAUCUUUUAGAGAUACAAGGCCAUACGAAAUGUGUUGUACAUUUUUGUUUGUUUAUAAUGUUUUAAUUUAAAACAAACCUCGAAACGGGUUUCAAAAACCUGAUCUUAUUAGCUGCUGUUUGCACUCGGAAAUUGAUUUUUAUUUCUCUGGAAAUUUAAUUUUCAACACAUACGAUUGCAGAUAUCAAGUUUAAAUUGACAAAGACAAAUUUUCUUCCAUUUUUGAAAGCUGACAUAAUUUUGUUUACAUCUACCAUUUUGAUAUUAGUCACAGAUUUUGAAUUAUUAGUGCUAUGAUUUUAAAAUAAUAAUUGUCUUUAAAAAGUUCAACCAAUCCCAUUGUCAUAUUAGUAUGUUAUUGUAAUAUUCCAGAUUUAUCCGUUUUUAAAACGAUAAACCAUGAAAUGCAUUGUGGCAUUCCAGAUUUUUAAAUUUAUUAAGGAAAACUAUAUUUAUUUGUAUUUUAAAUACAUUUUUUAUUCCAUAAAUUCCUUAAUGAAUUUAAAAUUAUCAGCUUAUUUAAUUCCUUUAUCAUUCUGAUCAAGGUUAUCACAUUCCUCUUAUCUGAAUGAAGUAAUAAUACAAGUUUUAUGAACAUUUUACAUCAAUUUUCAGCAUUUAUAAUUUUUCUCCAGGUGUAUUUAAUGCUACCAUUGAUGAAUUUGGUAUAUAGAGUUCCAAUUUUGAGAAAUUUGAAAUAUUAUGGUGUGAUUAUAGUAUAAUAAUUCCAUUUUAAGUUAUAUAAUAUUAUAUUAUAAUAUAGCUUUUGAAAAAUAUUCCUUUGUUUUUUAUCAAUGUCUAUUGCACCCAUUGAACUAGGUGUGAAGGUAUGUGUUUUUGUUGAAUGAAUGAACGGAAUGGCUGAAGUGAUUUUGUCGUUUAAUCUUAUUCAAAUGAUGUAUCUUGGAAUUCUAAAUGAUACCGUCAUUUUUUUGCCAGUAAAUAAAUAUUUUUACAAGUGCAC